AUGAAUCUCAAGCUGUUCGAGGAAGUAAGCCCUGGGCUCCUGAGGGCCAUUCUCAGAUGCCCGUUCACAGGGUGUCAUACCCGGAUAAUCCCUUUAACCUCGCAACUAGCAGCUACUAAGGUCAAAAUAGAAAACGCACCGCAAAUGACUGUCGACUCAGAGUAUUUUUACGCUGUUGGCGAUGCAUGGGACUUUGACAAUAUUGGGGUUUCACGGCCUUCUCCAGAUCUUGAGGGGAAAAAUGUGGCGCCUUUAGCUAAAGUUGAGCGUUUGUUGAUUUGUAGUGAAUGUGACAAAGGUCCUUUGGGAUUUGCCGGGUUCAUUGCCGAGGGCGAAUCUGACGUGAAGAAGCUCACAUAUUAUUUGUCGUGUGAGUCCGUCAAAUUUGAUGAGACUACGUGA